ACACGCGGGGAAACUUUCCCUUGCAAGAUUGCAGAGCGACUAGCAUACUCAUGCUAUCGCUGUUGAAUGAUGGCAUCGAUAUAUCAUGGAAGCAGCAGCACGAAUUAGUGAAGGAACUGAAUUCGCUAUUUUAUUGUUCAAAAUCAAUUUUGUAUGGAGCCACAGUGGUUGAUCAGCUCAGUGAACACACGGAGACCAGACAUUUGAGCGACUGGUUUAAUGACAAGGAGUUUAAUGAUGAUCGUCCAUACAUGGGUGGGUAUGCCACACGUCUGGAGAUAACUAGAAAUGUAAGCACAGUUCUUGAAUUAAAAAUAGGCUAUGUGGAACAUUUGUUUAAAGAAAUAGGCGCCCUGGUCACAGAUAUGGCAGUCCGUGUUGGAAUUGUCUUUCUUGACGGUACCAGUUUCACAUAUGAAGAAAUAAGAAACGUAUCAUCCAUUGUAGAACAGCGAAAAGCAGCAGAUGUGAAGAUAUUUGUUGUGAUAGUUGGUAAUAAACUUGUGGAGGAAAUCGUACUCUUGUCUGACACUAUAGUUCUUCCCGACAUGGAGUUAGUGAAGUUCGGACAGUAUCUAUUAAUGGCAAUGUGCCGCUUGUGUAGUGACGGCUGGUUUUCCCUUGAACACAAAACCAGCUUAGAUAUGCUCUCCUGUUAUAGUAUCAUCCCCAGUCCUGAUUUUCAAUCCUGGACUAGUGAAUCGCAACGGUGCAGCACUUAUUUUCACAGCUACUUAGCAGCAAUUGAAACCGCGGAAGAGAUGCUAUUUUUAAGGAAGCGAGCAUAUGAAGUGCUUAAAAGAAAUGAAGACCCUGUUAUCAGCUUCCAUAUCGGACUUCGCAGAGAUGUGAGCAACAAUGCAAAACUAUUUCAAUGGGAGACCACUCCGGGAAGAAAUCAUCCACUGUUAAUCAAUCACUGGUUGCCAGGUAAACCUUCUAGACGAUUCGCCAAUAAUGACUGUGGGGUCUGGCGUUUUACCAAUAGCUGGACACACAAUAACAAUAGCCCUAAUGUUCUCACGAAUAUCACUAAUGUCGCCUCAAGUGAGGGAUGGGCAGAUGUUUCUUGUCAAGAGGAAAUAUUAUCUUUAUCCAUAUGUGAGGCUGCUAUUUCUCGACAUAUUACUAAAACAUAUCUAACUGAAAAUGGCACUUUUGAAUUUCACAAAGCAGUACCACUCUUUCAAUUUCUAAGAAACAAUACGCAAGACUUUCCCGUUUUUGACUGUGGGGAAGAUGUCGGUGAUGGUAGGUACAUUUCCUAUAGCAUGGUAUGUGACUUCGUUCAUCACUGCAAAAACCAACGUGACGAACAGGCUUGUGUGAAUCCAAGACAAUUAUUAACAGAAGAAGAUACAGUGCUUUGCAAAUCCGGACAACGUCUGCCAAGCUCAGAGUUCAAAUGUGACAAUGUAAAAGACUGUAGAGACGGUAGCGACGAGGAUAACUGUGAGGCUUAUAUUUGUAAAAGUGAAACAUGUCACGAUGGUUCAUGUCUACCACUGCGAUGGAACAAAGAAAAAAACACAAGCUGUGCGUUAAUUUGCAACCGUGACACUUGUAUUGACGAGUCGCAGCUAAAUGAUGGAGUCAAACACUGUACAGGUUCUGAAGGACCACUAGAUGAGACUAUAGGUGCACUGAAACGUGCAAGAACUUGUAGAAAUGAAUUUGGACAUUUUAUCUGGGCUCCAAAAUGUCAUUUUAUCAAAUACAGAGACGGUGGUAUCAUAGGCUGCAGAGACAUGUCACAUCUGAAAGACUGCGAGAACUUCCAUUGUGGUCAAGAGUAUGUGAAAUGCUAUAAAACGUACUGCAUCCCUCGUCAUUAUCUUCGUGAUGGAAAAGCUGACUGUCCUACAGGAGAAGAUGAACAACUGUUCUACACUGGCCCGUGUAGUGAUAACUAUUUCGCUUGCUGGGACAGCCAAAUUUGCCUCCAUCCUGACCUAGUUUGUAAUGUUCGUCCUGACUGUCCGCUUGGUGAUGAUGAACUUGAUUGCCACGAAUUGUGUCCUAAAGGUUUCCGUUGUGUGGCAGGGACGGUUAUGCCAUCAGAUUAUAACAGCACAGUUUUCUCGAAACCAGCUUUCUCUGAUUUAGACAGACGGACCAGAUAUCUUGACCUGUCAGGAGUAGAAAUGGAAACAGAUUUCUUAGAUACUCUACUUCUGAAUAACAUCAUUUUUAAUUUGAAAGUACUUAUUAUAUCCAAAUGCAGGAUCAAAAGCUUAUAUAUUCCCAAGCGCAACAAAAACGGUAUGAAACCACCACCGUUUAUGAUACAGAAACUGGAUAUUAGUUACAAUAUUUUCGCUAUAUUUUCACAGCCUGAUUACAAUUAUUAUUAUAAACACAUAAAUUAUCUUAAUUUAUCAUACAAUCAGGAGUUGACGUUGUUAACACAUUUACGAUUCAAUGUGUUAGAAAUACUUGAUGUAUCUCAUACAAGUAUUUCCUACCUAAAUAGUUCGGUGUUUGCAGCAUUGCCCAGACUAAAGCAUCUCAAUUUAAGUUACACCCUGAUUUCAGAAUUCACGGGACUAUACUUCGAUUCCAAGCGUACUUUACAGACACUUGAUUUACGAGGAAUUCCCGCUGAAGAUAUUCACGACUAUUCAUUUCAUGGUCUUAUGAUAAGUCAGACAUUGUACACUGAUUUUUUUCAGAUUUGCUGUCCCAACAUUCAGGGCUUAAUCAUUGCAUCCCACGCAUGCCAAACACCUGUCGAUGCAGAUGCUAUUUCGUCGUGUUUUAAUCUGCUAGGACUUUCAAUUCAGCGAUAUAUUCUCUUGGUCGUAGCAUCAUUAGCAGUUCUGGGUAAUUUGACGGUAAUUGUGUAUCGUGUAAUCUGGGAUAGGACAGUUCUCAAGACUGGAUUCGGUCUGUUUGUGACAAACUUGGGAAUCUCUGACUUUAUUAUGGGAGUAUAUCUGUUCAUUAUUGCCGGGGCUGAUUAUUUCUUUCGUGACAAUUACGUUUUUCAUGACAAGAGCUGGAGGACCAGUGUUGUGUGCAAGAUCGCUGGGUUUAUGGCUUGUCUUUCCUGUGAAGCAUCAACGUUCUUUGUUUUUCUCAUCACUCUAGACAGGUUUCUGGUGAUGAAGUUUCCCUUUGGUCAAAAGAAAUGCUCUAAAUGUAUUAAAAUGAGCGCUGUGGUGAUGUCUUGGGUGGCAAGUUUCCUUCUAGCACUGGUUCCCAUUCUGUUUAGUUUUGACAUAUAUUCUUCUAACGCAAUGUGUCUUGGUCUGCCCUUAACAAACACAUACGCUAAAGGUUGGAUUUACUCAGUUGUUGUUUUUAUUAUUUUUAACAUUAUUAUGUUUCUUGUCAUUGCAUACGGUCAGUACGCGAUCUUCCGUGCCAUGUCAGAGAAUAGAAUAUCUAAGUCAACAGUUAACACGCCUCGUUCACGGCGUGUCGAAGAUAUUACUGUAGCCAAACAAUUGUCCCUUGUAGUUCUUUCUAAUUUUCUCUUCUGGUUUCCUGUUGGAGUUAUGGGACUUAUGUCAUUAGGUGGUCAUGGGGUCAGCAGCGAGGUUUAUGGCUGGACAACAGUGCUCCUACUUCCCAUAAACUCCGCUGCUAAUCCAAUUUUAUACACUAUUCCGGCCCUAAUGGUCAAAUGGGAAAGGUUUAAAACUGGAGAUCAUAGGACGUUCUCAUCCAGUAUGUAA